CAGCAGGAAUUGGAAUACACAGUUUGGCAUAUGCUGACUAUUUCAUGGCCUCAUUCUGAGCUGUGCUGGGCCCCUGCAACAGACACUCUUGUUCAGAAAGUAUUAGGAAUUCUUCCCAUUUCUGGUCCAAGCUGCCUUUGCUUUUCUUAAAAACCUCUGGCUCUGUUACUAUAUUGGAUUUGUGUAGCAAGAUUUUAUAGUGGAGGGGGGCUACAAGGGUGGCUUUUCUGAGAAGCCACUCCCUUCCUGCCUUUUCUCUAAAGACACAGUACAUUGCUGCCAGCAACAUGAGAAGUCACUGAAUGUGUUAGGACUGCAUGUUCUGUGGUUUACAGAUGCAGCUGGCCACCCCCCUGCAGCUUGCUGUGUGAGCCCUUUGCUUUGCUUUGCAGAUGCUGUCCUAGAGGUUUUUUCACCCCAUGACAGGUGCUAGAAGCUGCCUAAGGCACACUCCAUUGCUGCACCACCCCAAGUGUGGAAGAGCUGCAGCCAGGCAGGAUAGAUGGCACAUGUUGAUUUUCGACAGCUGUGGUAAACCAGAGCUCCAUGAGAUGCAGAUGAGGAUCUUGCCAUAAAUAGCUGUGUGCCAGCAGUAGAGUUCUGGUCUUGGUGCAUCCCCACUUGCAGAGAUCUGGGGACGAGCUGAUAAACCUGCAUGGAAGGAGCAGGGAGUUCUGCCUGCACUGCCAAUUCAGGUGAGCACUGUGGGAACGUAUGACAUCCUGCUGACCUCAUGCAGAGAUGCUCUGGGCAUGCUUUGCAUGGUGCAGCUGGGUUUGAGCCUGAGCAGAGCUGUAAGUUUCUGUUCCAGAUGGUCAGGGUGAGUUCACAAGCACAGUCAUUCCUGUUUCUCUUUACCAGCAUGUGUCUGGUGAUUUCCUAAGAGAAGAUACAAGCCUAUGUGCAAUCUCCUUCAUGUGAGCAAGACACACAUAGCCACAGCUCUGUGAAGGACAUCCAGUGAGAACCACCAUGAGGAACAAACAGUGGCUCCAGAAUAUUUUCUUCUGCCUUUUUUUCCAGUACGCUUUGUGCUGUGAAAGCCUCACUUGUUUUGUGGACUAUGUACAGACCCUGUCCUGUAUCCUGCGAGAUGAGUUGGGUGGCAGUUCGUACAACCUCACUGCAACAUGGUUUCCUGAGGAAGAUCCAGAAAAUACUGUGGCUGCCUGCAGUCUCCUGCAAUUGUCAGGGAACACCAGUCACACACAGUACAUGUGCACUGUGGACAUGACUGAACUCCUGGCAGAUACCAAAGUCCAGGUGGAUGUCACAGAGAUAGGUGAUAGGCACCAUGUGCUUUCCAAAGAUUUUUAUUUGUCAGACAACAUAAAACCACAGCCUCCAUUCAACCUGACCGCUUUGUUCUCAGAGGGUUACAAUAUUUCUUGGGAAACCAUCUAUCAGAACUCUUCCUUCUACUUUUUGAAUGAGGAGCUGGAAUAUCAGCUGCGUUACAAAAGAAGAACUGACACCUGGGAGACUCAGAAGACUAAAGCUGUUCGUGAAGAUAAACGGACAUUGGUGAUCCUGCCAUGGGAACUACAGGUGAACACUGAAUAUGAGUUCCAAGUGAGAGCUAGACCCCGGGAAGACAGUGGCUAUGGUGGUUUUUGGAGUGAAUGGAGUUCUCCACUGUUUUUGAAAACCAGCCCUGCCGCAGUGACACAGACAGCGCAUGGCAUGGAAUGGCUGUUGCUGUUUGGUAUUGGUGUGGCAAUCAUAGCCUCAAUCACAACAUUUCUGGCCAAACAGCAGAGCUUGUGGAAGAAGAUGGCUUGCAUCCCAGACCCUGCUCCCUUUUUCAACCCUCUGUACAUGGCUCAUAAUGGAGAUUUUAAGAAGUGGGUUGGUGUAUCCCAUAUGAAAAUGACCUUUGAUUUCUUUGAAUGGGGAAUAGUCCUUCCAGAUGUCCUAGAAGUUUACACCAUGCAUCCUUCCAACAGCACCCCACAGGAAGAGCUGCAUGAGCUGAGAAAGAAUCUGCCUUGCAAGCCCUGUGCAUCCUGCCUGACUGCCCCAGGUCAUGGUAGCCAGUCCCUGUGGUGUAGUGUAAACAGCAGUGGCAGGACUGAGGACCAGUCAUACGGGCACUUGUCAAUCGAUACAGUGACUGUGGCUGAUGAAUUUACAUCUUGUCACUGCCAGUGCAGCUGUAACCAUGUGAACAGGGAACAUGAGCAUGCCAACAAGGAAGAUGAUAGUGCUGGAGAGCCUGGUUACCCCAAGGUUGACAUUGAUGAGGAAGACAGAAAGAUAUCCAGUGACUUGCAUUUGGCUAAUCUGAGCACACAGGACAAAAUACUUGCUUCAGGCUCUGUGUCGACAGACCACAUGAGGAGCCCAGUCAAUCAGCAAGGGGAAAGGGGAGUGGAAGGAUGGGUGGGGAACAUCCUAGAAGCCCUCUGCUUGCAGCCUCAUCAGUGGGAUUUGGAAAAUCCAGGUUCUCUACCUUCUCCUGAUGGUGAAAGUGUUUCUAACAGUGAAGGCUUCUAUGACUUCUUCCCUCACAGUACAAGGCCUGGUGACAGUUUUCCUUUGAUCUGUGUAGAUUUGGACACUAUUGACAGUGGCUUUGUGGACUCAGACUGUGGAAGUCCAGUUGACUCUGAAUUUGGGCAAAACAGUCAGACCGUUUGUGGACCCAUCCCUCUUGAGCAGGAGGGGCAAGACUUUCCACGGAGCUAUGUCAAGCAGUGGGUCUCCUGUCAUUCUGAGAGCCCUCUCAGUGGGACACAGACAAACUAAGGACUUUAAUGUUGCCUGGAUGAGUGUGGGGCCUUUUCCAUAGUGUGCCAGGAGUGAAGUGUUAGCAAAAUUCAGAAGAGAAACUAAGUAUACUUUGUGUAAACUCUAUUGCAUAAACUGACACCUGUUAGGUCCACAAGAUAUGCCUGUCUCUAUUCCCACUUAUCCUAUUAAUGUCUCAAAUUUGUGAUUGAUGUUGUUGAGUUUUGUUGGGUUUUGGGUUUUUUCAGUAUCAUAAAUCAACCCUUCCUUGAUGUCAGAAAAAUGUCAGAAAAAACCAACUGUACCUUGAAAACGAUCCUUUGGCUUAUGUAGAUACGCAAAAAAUUUUGCAGUAACCUUAUAAAGAUCAUAGAACUUUAAGUUAUUUUCCCUUGUAUUCUCACAUGACUUGAGAGUUUGGCUGUACAUGGAACCUUAGAAUCAUAACCCAUGGCAAGCAUGUUUGCUACAUUAAAAUUCCUCUACUGUUUCCAAACAACAUGUGAUGUUACUUUGUCUUCUACUGCCUUUGGCUCUUCAAACUCAGCUGUAGUAGUUUGUUAAUUACAGAGGUUUCCAGACCUGUUUAUGGGAAUCAAAACUAAUUCUUAUGUAAUCAUCGCAGAAAUGCAAGUACAAGAGACCGAGCACAACUCAGGUUUCAGAAAGACUUUCAGGUAGAGUCUGCAAAUGAAAAGUUUUCAAAAUAUGUAUCAUUCUAAGCAAAUUCUUGUUACUAGGCUUUUCUAUUGAGUCAGAUUCCCUCCCUGGACUUUUCAAGAAUAUUAAUUGAGCAGCUUUCAGAAUUAUGCCAGAAUUAUUGAAACGUUGUCCUACCUGGCUAUGCCUGCCACUUCUGCCUUUGACUUGCUCUGCUGCUGUUAACAGGUCAGUAGCACAAAUUUCAAGCAAUGUCUGCUAACUAAUAAAACUAAAUAUGAA